AUGGCUGCAACAAUGGCGAUGAGGACUGUUUGCCAUGGUUUGAGAUAGAUGUCUGGUUCAGAAUCGUCGGAACCAGUGGGACCGGCACCUCUCCUUUUCGCAAAUUGGGAAAAGUUGACAAGGGUUGGUGUUGGCUCAUUGACGAUAGUUGGCGGAGGUGUAGGGGCAGAGGCGAUGGUAUUUGAUGAACUCUACGCUGCUGUCUGCUUGAAAGGGGAUGGCAAGGCUGAUGGCCCCUCAGUGCCACCGGCAAUAGUGCUGAUUGGGAGACCUUGA